UUCCACAGCUCCAAGCCACCGCUGCAAAAGCCGAAGGGGAAAAAAAAAAGAAGAGCGUUGCAUUGGCCGUAGUCCUCUCUCUCUCUCUCUCUCUCCCACUUGCCCGGCUUGACUAAGUCGACAAACCUCCGGCCUUCGCUUUGAAUAUACAGUACUGUAAAAACUACCCGCUCCUGCAAUCGCAGCGAGAAGCCGGGAAAGGCGGACUUCUCGGCCGCCGCGAGCGCUUCCGCAAGUGGUUCCGCCUUCUUCGCCGACUAUGGCCGUCGGCCGCCGAGACGCAACGCGAGCUUUGCUCGCUUGGGGAGCAAACAGCUAUGGACAACUUGGUCUUGGUCAUAAAAAUGAUGUGCUCCUGCCUAAGGCUGUGAAGUCAUUUCUCUUUAAUCAGAGUUGUAUCAAAAACAUUACUGGAGGUGGAGGUCAUUCUGCUGUUCUUACCGACACUGGAGAGAUAUUUUUCUGUGGCCAGAAUAAAGAUGGACAAUUGGGACUUGGUCAUACUGAGGAUGUGACACAUUUUACCUUAUGUUCUUCUAUUUGUGGCUGUCCCGUCAUACAAGUUGCCUGUGGCUGGGAUUUUACAGUUAUACUUGUUGGAAAUGGCCAAGUGUUCUCCUGUGGUUCUAAUUCCUAUGGACAAUUGGGAAUUCCUGAUAUUUUAGGCAGAUGCACUAUUCCAGCAAUGAUUAAGUGUUUACAGGAUAAAAUAAUAAAUAUUGCUGCUGGGCUUAGGCACGCUGUUGCUGUGGCUGAAAGUGGUUCUGUAUUUCAAUGGGGAAUUGGUAUGGCAUCUCAAGCAAAGCGAAUGUGCCAAGGAAAAAAUAUUCCUUCUUUCUUGAGGGCAAAGGAACCUUGCAAAGUACCAGGUUUUGAAAAUGUCAAAGUGAGGAGUGUAGCUUCUGGCUCACAUCAUGUUGUGUCACUCACAGAUGAUGGAGAUUUAUAUGUUUGGGGAAACAAUAAGCACAAGCAACUAUUAAGUAAAGACUCUGUUGUUUUGGAACCUCAGAAGAUUGAAGCUCACUAUUUUGAGGGUGAAAAAAUCAGAAGAAUUUGGAGUGGUUGGACACACCUGGUGGCGCAAUCAGAGACAGAGAAAGUCUUCACAUGGGGUAGAGAAGACUAUGGUCAACUUGGAAGAAAUGAGAUGCCAUGCGAAGGACAGAGCAAGGACAGAAAGGAAUCAAAAGAGCAUCAUUUGAAAGAGUCAUUUUAUACUCCUGCUACAGUACCUAGACUCUCUGGUGCAUCUGAGAUUGCAUGUGGUUCAGAGCACAAUCUAGCAAUAGUUGGUAACCGGUGUUUUUCCUGGGGAUGGAACGAGCAUGGCAUGUGUGGCAAUGAAACAGAAGAAUAUGUUUGUCUUCCUCAGCCUGUGGAAUCUCUUAGUUCUUCAGAGCUGCUUUUAAUUGGAUGUGGAGCCGGACACUCCUUAGCAUUUUGCUCUUUACCAAGCUUAGACAUAGCACCCUCUGCACAAUUUUAAAUUCACCCUGAGGUUUGUCUUUGGUUAAUAGAAUGCAGUUAAUGUCAAAGCAAUUCAGUCAUACUAGCCAUGGCAAGAUUAUCCAUAUUAUAUACUGACAUAGUCAUUUUGCUGGGUUCAUAUUUAAAAGAAGGAGGAAGAUUUUUUUUAUUUUUGCUUUUGUUUGAAGGUAGCAAAGUACGAAAACAUUUAGGUGUGAUGAAAUGAAACAGAAUGUGCUUUAUUUAUUGUCAAGCACGACAAACCAGAUUUACAUGUAAAGCUUCUAAUGUACUGAUUUAUUACAACAGCCUAUACACAGGAAUCUCCUUAUACUAAGAGUUAACACCUGGACAGAACUAGAUAAGUAUUAAUGGCAGACAAGGGUGGGUUGGACUUAGUUCGCUUUUGGCUACAAAAUCAUUCUAAACUGAUGCCUAGUUUAACUCCUCCCCCUGGUUCUGCCAGUCUCUUUCCUACAUUUAUUGAUAUCAAGCACAUGGUUACCUCAGGUAGUCCUUGCUUAAUGACUGCCCUGUUUAAUGAUUCUUCAAAAUUAUGAUGGUGUUGAAAAAAUAAUUUCAUGACCAGUCCCUGCACUGGCAUCCUGCGGUUAUAGGAUCUCCAAUUGUACACCUCAUAGCCAGCUUCCAACAAGCAAGGUCAGUGAAGAAGCCAACAAUAAAAUUAUAAGUCACAAUCAUCUGAUGGCUUGCUUAACGACUGUGUUGGUUAGCAACAGAGUCGCCGGUCCCAAUUAUGAUAAUUAAGUGUCCAGUUUUUAUCCAAGAAAAUAUACUGGAGCAUUAGUCUCAAUAUUGGAGAUGUAUAAUUGGACCAUACCGUUUCAUCAAUACAAAUGCAAUCAGAUAUAUAGAUGCCUCUCUGAAAGGGUAGAGAUGCUGAGGAUGGAAUUAUGUCUGCCAGCGCGGCAUAAUUCCUACACAACUUCUACAAGACAAAGAAAAGCUAAAAAGAUUGCUUAUGGGUGCUCUGGAUAGCAGUUCCUUAUGAGGAAGCCUGCAGUACCCAAAAGGAUUCUACAGGCACCUCAUGAGUGAAGUGCCCGGAGCCAAGGAAGAACUGACUUGCAGCCUCAAUGGAGCCUUUAAUGCAGGGGUGAAAUCCAGCAGGUUCUGACAGGUUCUGGAGAACCCGUAGCUGAAAUUUUGAGUAGUUCGGAGAACCGGUAAAUGGCAUUUACCAGUUUCUAUUCUAUUUAUAUUUCUAUUCUAUUCUAUUCUAUUUCUAUUUCUAUUCUAUUCUCUUGCUGGUCCCAGAGUAGGGUGGGAAUAGGUAUUUUGCAGUAUCCUACCCCCAGGAGAGGGGAAGGAAUGGGAUUUUACAGUAUCCUUCCCCUGCCAUCACGCCACACCAUGCCCACCAAAUCACGCCCACAGAACUGAUAGUAAAAAAAAUUGGAUUUCACCGCUGCUUGGAUAGCAAGUUCCAUUUUCUUAAGCACUUCGUAUGGUAGCUAUUUAAAAACUAAAGAAUUCUCUGGAAUAACAGUUUAACUGGACCUUCUGUGUUUAAAAGAAAAAGGACAGAUUUUUUCCCCCCAGGAAUUAACUUGCAGCAAAAAGCGCAUUAAAAGCUUGGAUUAUAAAAGUUUUAAACAACUAUAGGGACCAAUAGACUAGGUUCCUGUAAAUUUAUUAGAAGAGAUACCCACAAUGGUGGAGUGGAAUAUGAGGAGAAUAGAACUGACUGAAAUCGCUAAAUUGACUUGUCUAAUUAAAGAAGGAACAGCAAUAUUUUUUAAAAUAAAAGAAUGGAAACCCUUUAUGGACUUUUUGCUGCAAAUGGACAAAAGUUUGUGGUUUUGGGGAUUUACUGAUUAAAAAGCGUUGUUUACAGGAAGACAGGAUCCAAAACAUAUCAUUUCAGAGGCUGGAAAUGGUGAAUAAUUAUUCUUGUAAUGGCUUGCCUUCAGAUGUUGUGGGUGCUCAAUCACUGGAGGUUUUUAAGAAGAUACUGAACAGCCAUAUGUCUGAAAUGGUAUAGGGUAGUGAUGGCGAACCUUUUUGCUGUCGCAUGCCAAAACUGGAGGGAGCGCAGGAGGGCCGCGCGCAUGUGUGCCCACACUCAUAAUUCAAUAUGCCCUGCCCCCCGCGCAUGCGUGUGCAUUCCUCCCACAUUCCCCAUGCUUUUGGCACGUGAUGGCAUGGUGGACUCGUUAGAGCCGUUUUUUUGUCCUCUCCAGGCUCCAGAGGCUUUCUUGGAACCUGGGGAAGGCAAAAAUGGCCUUCCCUACCCCUUCCCCCAGAGGCCGGAAACAGCCUGUUUCCCAAUUUCCAGUUCCCAAAAAUCAGCUGGCUGGCAUGCACAUGUGCGCCGGAGUUGAACUAGGGCAACGCUCGUGCCCACCGAUAUGGCUCCGUGUGCCAUAGGUUCGCCAUCACGGGUAUAGGGUCUCUUGCUUGAGCAGGGGAUUGGAUUAGAAGACUUCCAAGGUCCCUUCCAAUUCUAUUAUUCUGUUAUAUAUGUUCUGUUAUCUGCUGCAAAGAAGAUUGGAAGUUGGUUCUUUAGAUAUCUUUCUUCUUCUUUGCCUCACUUUUUGAUUUAUUUUUUUAUAUCUCUUACACACAUGCAUAUAUACACACAUAAGCAAUCAAGUAUGUAGUAGAAUAUGUUGCCAAACUCAUAGUUCCUUUUUACCUCUCUACAUUUUACUGGCUAUUGACUGGAUGUUUUGCUGGGUCACGAAUCCAGAUGGUAUUUUGAAAGGCCUUUGAAUUAGUUCAAUAGCUAAGUGGCAGCAUUACUUUUCUUUUGUUCUUUAUUUCAUUUCAUUCCUGGAUUGAAUGCCCAUCUCCUAUAUUUUAUAAGUCAAACUCCUGAAUAUAUUUAUUAGAAUUGUGCAGCCCUUUUGAUUCAGUUUCAAUCAUAAGCAGGUCUGUGAACGUAACACCUUCGUCAACUUCCGGACCUCCGAACCUUUUGCCGCGAGCUUAAAACUCAUCUAUUCAUCUGCGCAGGACUGGACUAGAUUUUAGAUUUUAAAUUUAAACUGGUUUUAAUGGGUUUUAUUAUGUAUACUGUUAUUUUAAUUAUUUGGCUAUUUGGAAUAAGUUUUUUAAUUGAUGUUUUAUUUUGUAUCUAUAUGUAUUUUUAUCUGCCUGUAAACCGCCCUUAGUCCCUAGGGAGAUAGGGCGGUAUAAAAAUACGAAAAAUAAAUAAAUAAAUAAAUAAAUAAAUAAAUAAAUAAAUAAAUAAAUAAAUAAAUAAAUAAACACCUGCCUAUAACCUUCAUGUCUUUUCUCAGGAUUUGAUGGAUACCCUGUGAGAGAUAGGGAAAAAUAUGGCUGCCUUAAAGAGUUGCUACAUUUGCUCUCCUGUGCCUUCUAAAGCCCUUUUUUGGAAUUGAAUCAUAGCCUUUAUAUGUAUAUAUUAGGUCGUAGAAGGGGCAUAAAGAUAAUAGCAGCCUUCACAAAUUAGCUAGUUAAUAAAAAAAAGUUUUACUUUCCUGGACUGGAGUUCAUCAUAUGUAUAAAAAGCAGAAACUUUGGAGUUCUGUGCCACAUCAACUGCAUCAGUGAUAACAGUACUCUACCAAUCCAGGAUUUUGUGUUAAUAGUCUGAUACGCUAUAAGCCUAAUCUGUUCCAUCUGUUUACAAGCAAUUUAUUCAGAAAGCCAAUUAAGACAGAUUAGCAAAAUCUGUUUAGCCAUUUGUGAUCUCUGUUACUUUACCUGUAGGCAUGUUACCAGAAAUUAUUGCGGUGACUACUCCUUUUAUACAGUACAUACCCUAGUCAACAUAAACCGUAAUGUAUGUACACAAAUAUAUUUGGUAGAAUGCAGUAUUGCAGGCUAAUUCAAUGCUCACUGCCAGGAGUUCAGUCCUGAUGGGCUCAAGGUUGACUCAGCCUUCCAUCCUUCUGAGGUUGGUAAACUGAGGACCCAGAUUGUUUGGGGCAAUAGGCUGACUCUGUAAACCAUUUAGAGAAGGCUAUAAAGCACUAUAAAGCGAUAUAUAAAAUCUAAGCAGUAUUACUAUUGUUAUUGACCUAGUUAACACAGAGGCUACAUGGUCAUGUAUCAGAGAUACUCUCGUUCAGGGGUGUCAAAUUCGCGGCCCAUGGGCCGGAUGCGUCACAUGCUGGCCACCCCCAUCCAUUUUAGCAAAGGGGGGGGGAAAGUUGCAAUACGUCACAUGAUGACAUGUUGUCAUGAGUUUGAUACCCCUACAUCAACCUCUAGUAGAUCCUGCGUUAAGCAAGGGAAUGAACUAAUUAGCUCCUUCUAACUCAAUGAAAUUAAAUGGGGUGACAAAAAGGUCUUCUAUUAUGCUUCCUCUCAGAUUGCACCAUAAAAAUUCAAUAGCGCAGAAAGAUGCUCAAACUGAUGAGGAAGAUUGCUUGAAAGAAAAAAAGUACAGUAUUCAUGAGGUGCCCUUCCAGCUGUCUUUGUUUUGUUUUUAGUCAUCAUCAGUACUCAGAAAUCAUUUCAUAAUGUUGAGCAUGCUAUAAACUAUUUUACCCCUUCAUGUUUUUGCUGACAUCCUUUUGCAGAAGGAUUUUUUUU